AUGUGGGUAAGGAAUGGAAUGGAAUAUAUGGUAGUGGAUCCUGAAGGAGUAGCUGGAGGUCUCUUAUGUAUAUGGACCCUGUGGUGUUUUCAGCUGGCUGACUGUUGCAGCAGUAGAAGGUUUAUUCUUCUAUCGGGUUCUUUAUACAAUUCAUUUGAGUGUGUUAUUUUAAAUAUUUAUGCACCUAAUGAUGUGGGUGGUAGAAGGAAAAUGUGGGGUAGCUUAAUUAAUCUGAAACAUGAUUUUCCUAAACCUUGGUGCUUGUGUGGGGAUUUUAAUGAAAUUAGAAAUAUUGGGGAGAGGCUAGGGUGCUCCAGAAGGGAUAGGGGUAUGACAGAUUUUAAUGAUUUCAUUGAGACCUGUGAAGUAAAUGAGUUACCUUUACUGGGUAGGAAAUUUACAUGGUGUAACUCAAUGGUUAGUGAAAAAUGGAGUAGAAUAGAUAGAGUGUUGGUGGACCCAAGAUGGAUGGAGGUGUUUAACUUAAAAUUAUGGAGGUUACCUAGACUUAUUUUCGAUCAUAGUCCACUACUUUUGAUGGAGAAUGAAAGGGACUGGGGUCCAAAGCCGUUUAGGUUCCUGAAUGCUUGGUGUUUACAUCUGAAUCUAUUCUCUUUUGUGGAUAAAACUUGGAAAGAGUCAGAGGUUAUGGGUUGGGCUGGUUUUAUACUACAGAAAAAGCUGAAGGCAUUGAAAAUAGCACUUAGGCAGUGGAAUAAGGAGGUCUUUUGA